AUGAAGUAUCAUAGCUUAACCAUUAGACCAAACAAUAUUUACGUCCAGGAGAGCAUGGAGAAUGACACAAUUAUAAAGUCAGUCUCACUUACACCGUGCGUAGAAAAGGACAGUAUUAGAUCUAGUCUAAUUGCCACAAUAGAUGGACAGCAGACAACCAUCUGCAACUUACUCACAAACAAGAUGGAAAGCAAAAUACUUAAUAUUCCUGUUAAGCAAGGCGUAAGGAUAGAACUAAGAACAGAAGGCGUAAAUGAAAUGGAUAUUUUAUUCUUGGAGAUGGACCCACAUGAAGUAAACACAAAUGAAGAAGAGACAGUAUACAGAACUAUACAGGUCCCUGGUAAUGCAUCACACACAGUAGAUGAAAUAUCUGCAAGGAUACUUAACGUGUCAAUUGCAUACACAGAAGAAGUAGUAGAUGGAACGAGCAAAGUAUUCAUGAAGUCUAAUGGAGAGACAACCUUGCUUGCAGAGUUGGAGAUUGGCAGGAAGGAGUGCGAAGUAGUAGACGUACUUGCAGACGCACAGAUGGAAUUGGUCGUAGAGGGACCACAUGCAAUUGACUUCUUAAUUGUAGAGGGCUCUAAGGGGGGACUCUUGGAAGAUGCAUCCUGUGAGGUAGAAGACGAACAGGACACAGAGGACGCACAGGAAAGCACCCCACAGGAAGAGAAGAACGAAGAAAUGAUCGGAGGGAUAGUACCAGAGACCUGCCAGAAGGGUGAAAGAAAAAGGAAGUGCCCAGAAGAGACAGAAGAGCCAGAAGAGACACAGCCACAGGAAGAGAAGAAGGUGAAACUGUCGGAGGCAAAGAAGAAAGAAAGUGAAGAGAAGGUGGAGGAGACAGAAAUAGAGACACAAAGCAUGAAUAUCCCACAGGAAAAUGCAGUUGUAUCCGAUAUAAAGACUAUCUCUGAUGGAAUUGGUAAGAUUGUCGGUAAAAAGAGCUUUAUAACCGCAGAGUACACUGUAUCCUCUGGUGAGAAUAAAAAAGAGUCUUUCAGCGAGGUAGUUUUAGUCAGAAGAAUGGCAGAUCACGCACACCUCAGAUACUUCUCUGAUGUGGUGAAGGGAGCCAGAGAGGGCGCUGUAUUUAAGGCGGAAAUUAAGGCAGCAGAUGCCCAUACGGAAGUGGUUUUGAAUGUGGGGAAAAUAAGAACAGGACAAUAA